AUGACUCAAAGUUCACUGGGAAAUGAUGAAAGAUGGAAACUGCCAUCUCCAUUAGUAGGACUUCUGCCAAUUGAUAAACCAGAUGGAACUUGUAUUAUCAAGGAGAGGAUGACGCAGGCUCUUCGUUUUGUGGAUGGAGACACUGAUGUCCUUGGACUUCUGGGUCGUUUGUUUCGGCAAAGGUUGCCAGAAUGGACCCCCAAUGUCCAGUAUUAUUCCAGUAAAGAGUUUUCACGACUAAACCAUGCUCUGCAUUACAAUGUCCAAGGAACCGUGGCUUUGCCUGUAUUUGAGCCAUCUGGUCAGUCUUGCGUUGGCAUAGUUGAGCCUAUAAUGACUUCCCAGAAGAUUAACUAUGCUCCUGAGGUUGAUAAUGUUUGCAAGGCACUUGACUUGAGGCAUCGCAGCAUCCUAGCAGAUGGUGGGGGUUUUAAGAAAACUUGCAGUAGCUUCGAUGGAAGCUGCAUGGGACAGGUUUGUAUGUCUACAACAGAUGUAGCAUUUUAUGUAGAGGAUGCUCACAUUUGGGGUUUUCGUGAUGCUUGUGUUGAGCAUCACUUGCAAAAGGAGCAGGGUGUUAUUGGGAGGGCAUUUGCAUCGCAUAACUCAUGUUUCUGCCCAGAUAUAACAGAAUUUUGCAAAACAGAGUACCCAUUGCCAUUAAUCCCAGUAUUUGCUGCUCACAACGAUAAAGGAUGUGCUGCUAGUACUGCUGAAGUUCAAAAUGCUGCAUCUGCUGUGGAGAAUAAGGACGCGUGCAAGAAACCAAAGAAAAGACCGGGCAAGGCAGAGAAAACAAUUAGCUUAGAAGUUCUGCAGCAAUAUUUUUCUGGUAGUCUUAAGGAUGCUGAAAAGAGUGUUGGUGUUUGUCCGACUACAAUGAAGCGCAUCUGCAGGCAGCAUGGGAUAUCUCGAUGGCCCUCUCGCAAGAUAAACAAAAUUAACCGUUCUAUUUCAAAGCUAAAGAAUGUAAUUCAAUCCGCACAAGGUGCCGAAGGAGGAUUUAAUUUGACUACUUUGGCUGAGAAUUCAGUUCCUGUUGCUGUUGGUUCAAUUUCUUGGCCACCAAUUGCAAAUAAAACAAAUCUACAAACUUCACCUGGCACUGGACCGUCUGGAAUUCAGCAAGAUAAAAAUGAAGUUCACAUUUGCAAGGCACCUGGAGAUGAUGAACAGGCCGAGACAUUAAAUCAUAUUCCAAGAGGUAGGUUUUCAGGAACUGAGGAUCUCAUUCCUCAGGAAACUGGGCUUUUCCCAGGCGAAGGCUUAAACCCAUCCAAAACUGGGAGUGGCUUAAGAGGAGAGCACAGGAACCUCCACUUCCCAAAGUUCAUGUCGAGGUAG